GGCGGGAACCCCGGAAGCGGAAGGCGGCGCCUCCUCGGCGGCGGAUUCGAGGGUUUGUUGUCAGUCUUGUCCGCUGGUGGCCUGCCAUGCCGUCCGAUGGUCGGUGCUGGGAAACUCUGAGGGCACUCCGCAACUCCAGCAAAGGCCGCCUGCGCUACGACCGCGAAUGGCUGCUGCGCUACGAGGAUGUUUUGGAAGAAUGCAUGACUCUUCCCAAACUGUCUUCUUACUCUGGAUGGGUGGUAGACCACAUCCUACCCAACAGCUCAGGCCACACACAAGAGAAUGCUCCUUCCUCUGAUAAUUCACCAUCCUCUGAAUCUGCUCCAGGCCUGUCCCAAUCCUCACUACGUAAGUCUCCUGUCAGAAGUAGUCCACAGUCUCCAUCACCCUCAACACCGAAUGGAACCCAGAGCACACAUGAGUCCCCGUUCACAGAACCUAUUACACCUCAGUGCUCCCGGGCGAUCAGAGUGGAAGGUUGCAUCCGAAUGUACGAAUUGGCACACAAAAUGAGAGGAACAGAGGGCCUGAGGCAGUGGCAGGAGGAGCAAGAGAGGAAGGUACGAGCCCUAUCUGAGAUGGCAUCUGAGCAGCUAAAGAGGUUUGACGAGCUGAAGGAGCUGAAGCUGCAUAAGGAGUUCCAGGACUUACAGGAAGUGAUGGAGAAGAGUACCAGAGAAGCCCUAGGCCAUCAGGAGAAGCUGAAAGCUGAACAUCGCCACAGAGCCAAGAUUCUCAACCUAAAGCUUCGAGAGGCAGAGCAGCAGCGUGUGAAGCAGGCAGAGCAGGAGCAGCUUCGGAAGGAGGAAGGCCAGGUCCGUCUGCGCAGCCUGUAUACCCUGCAAGAGGAGGUCCUGCAGCUCCACCAGCAGCUGGCUGCCUCCAGUCAGCACAAAGACCUGCUCAACGUGGACCUGGCUGCCUUCCAGACCCGGGCCAACCAGCUGUGUGGCCUCAUCUCCGGCAUCAUUCGCACCACCUUGGAGAGUGGCUAUCCCACAGCAGAGAACCAAGCUGAGGCAGAGCGAGCUCUGCAGGAAAUGCGGGGGCUCCUCUCAAAUUUGGAACAGGAGAUCACCAGAGCCUCUGAAGUGAAGAAGAAGGAUGAAGAAGAGGCCCGGGUCAAGCUGCAGGAGUCACAGGUGCAGCAGGGGUCAGGGGCUCCCUCCCAGACCUCUGCACCUAGCCCAAGCCCAGCAGGAACACAGACUGAAGACCUGCAGGUGAAAGUACAAGAUAGUACAAUGCAGUGGUACCAGCAGCUUCAGGAUGCUUCUGCCAAAUGCAUGUUGGCCUUCGAGGACCUGACCAGCAGCAAGGACAGUCAGACUAAAAAGAUAAAGAUGGACUUGCAGAAGGCAGCCACCAUCCCAGUGAGCCAGAUCUCCACCAUUGCAGGUUCAAAGCUGAAGGAGGUCUUUGAUAAGAUUCAUAGCCUGCUCUCAGGAAAGCCUGUCCAAUCGGGAGGGCGUGCCGUGUCUGUCACUCUUAACCCUCAGGGGCUGGACUUUGUCCAGUACAAACUGGCAGAGAAAUUUGUGAAACAAGGGGAGGAGGAAGUGGCUUCUCACCAUGAAGCGGCAUUCCCCAUUGCAGUGGUGGCAUCUGGUAUCUGGAUGCUCCACCCCAAAGUGGGAGACCUCAUUCUUGCUCAUCUCCACAAGAAGUGUCCAUACUCCGUUCCUUUCUACCCAGCUUUCAAGGAAGGGAUGGCUUUGGAGGAUUAUCAACGGAUGCUUGGCUACCAAGUGACAGAUUCCAAGGUUGAGCAACAGGACAACUUUCUAAAACGAAUGUCUGGGAUGAUCCGUCUGUAUGCCGCCAUCAUCCAGCUCCAGUGGCCAUAUGGAAACCGGCAGGUGGCUCAUCCUCAUGGCUUAAAUCAUGGCUGGCGCUGGUUGGCACAGAUCUUAAACAUGGAGCCUCUCUCAGAUGUGACAGCCACCCUACUGUUUGACUUCUUGGAGGUGUGUGGGAAUGCCCUCAUGAAGCAGUACCAGGUCCAGUUCUGGAAGAUGAUACUUCUCAUCCAAGAGGACUACUUCCCCAGAAUUGAAGCCAUCACGAGCUCAGGACAGAUGGGCUCUUUCAUACGUCUGAAGCAGUUCUUGGAGAAAUGUCUGCAACGCAGGGAGAUUCCUAUGCCCAGAGGCUUUCUGACGUCCUCCUUCUGGCGCUCCUGAUGUCCUCCGUCACACUGUGUGGCAGGAGGGGCAACAAUAAAGCAACUGAGACAGCGGGUUUUGAAGAAUCAUGUCAGAUUGAGAAAUUCGUCGGUGUGUUUUUAUAUAUCUGUACCCUGUGAAUGAGGCUUCUAUAGUUCACAGCCUUUGUUAGCCUUUUGUCAGGUUUGGUAGUUUAUAGGCAUCACAGUCAGAUACAGAACUGGCCUUUCUAAUUUUCACAAGUUUCAAGAAGAGGUAAGAAGUGGCACUUAGCAUUUGGCUGCACCCUUUGUCUCUAGUGUCUUUCAGGAAACUGGUGAUCUUUUAUCUGCUUAACUCUGACAUGUAAUGAGCCCCCCACUUUCCCUCUACGCUGCCCCACUCCUGUUCAUACACAUACUUAGAAAGAGUAAACCUCCCAAGAGUCCCUCUAAAGUAUCAGGUAAUGUUUGCUGUCUGAGGAGUAUCAGUGUGGCUUGUGGAGUAGAUGUAUAUUCACAAGACAUGAAUGAUGUUGGUAUGGACUGAACCCCAGAGUGCAUCAGGUAUUGGGUAAAUGGAUCAUGACUGGGAAUAUGCACCAUAGAGUAUUCUCUGUCUCCUUGAUUUGGAAUUUGGUCUCUGGAUGGCUGAGGAGGAUGCUGUACUAGAUUAGGUACCUUUUCAUUGUUUUUCCAACAAGAAUUAAGAUGGGUUGGUAUAUGGCUUUUAGUGUAAGAUGAAGAUUAUCAGCGUGAAUGCAUUGGUGUUUAGGAGGAGCUAUCUCAGAUGGAAGUUGGUAUUUGUUUUAUGAACUGAUUGACUCCAUGUCUAGCUCUAGUCGUGCAAGCCUUGGGUGGAAGGCAUUCUCAUUAGUACUCUCGAAUGGCCUAAGCAUUUUAAUUGUGGACUACGAGUUCCCAAAAAAGUAAUAAAGGUUGAAUUUUUAAAAAUCUUGUGCUAA